CGCCUCCAUGUGCGUAAAAAAUUAAUUCAUUACAUAAAAAAAAUCGUAAAAUUAAACUUACACGAUGUACGCGCUACUUCGCCGCUUUGCGGGGGCCUCUAUCCACACCAAUCAGCUGAGAUGUUACUCCUCCUUCACGCCGAGGGAUGUGGUGCGGGACACCGCCGAUGAGGCCGGCACGCUGCUCACACGCUUUGCCAAACACAUCGCGCUGGAGCGAUACCAGGAUAAGGAACAGGUGCUGCCUCCAACGACGGUGCGCUAUGCGGACUACUUUCCAAUCACAGACGUUCGCUACUUCCAGCGGUCUGUGGAGAAGACGGACGCUACACAACUGCCAGCUCUGAUCAUUCUAGCCUCCAGCUAUCGAUCCAAUGCAGCGGUUCCAAUGUAUGUAACCGCUCUGAACACAUUGGAUGCACAUGCUGUGGCACAGCUGGGCAAGAUGGACACCUCAACGGUGCUUGUAACGCUGUACUCAUUCCUUUUCCUUAUACCAAACUGGCUGAAGCGAACGGACUUCCAUCAGGAAGCAAUGCGCCGACUGGCCAAGGAGAGUUUCCAUGACAACAAGGAGCGAUUCCUGCAAGUUUGCUUCUACAUGGGUCUGCAGAAGAAGCAGACAACAUCGAACGACUUCCAGAUGCUGCUGGAGGAGCACCUUCCAAGGCAUUUGCCAGCUCUGACUGAGUUGGAUCUCGCUCUGAUUAGCAAUGCCGCCUACAAGACGUCCACCGUCAUCACGGGCAGUGCGAAAGAGACUUACGACACAACCUUGGUCAAUGCGGUGUUAGGCUUGAAGCUCACGCCGGAUAACUCUGCUUUGCUGAUCUCUUUAAUCAAGGCUCUGCGGCUGCAGCGUGUGCGGGACGAGCGUGUGUGCCAGCAUCUGCAGCAAAUUUGCUUGGACCCCACGCAAAUAACCCAGAUAGAGCCUCGAGGAUUGGGACACAUUUUUGCCUUCUUUGCCGAGCAACUUUGGGACCAAGAAGAAUGCGUGACCGUCGUGGUGGAUCGACUGUUGAGCUUGCUUAAGCCAGGCGACCUGCGCGCCAAGGAUUUAGCCACAUUCCUGUGGUCUAGCUCCCAGCUGAAUUGUCAAUUUUCCGCCGCACACCUCAGGCAGCUGGAGCUGGCUGCGCUGCGAAAACUCGAUCAUGGCGAGUAUAAUUAUUACGCAGACAAUCUGGUAGACACCUGCCUAUCCCUGUACACGCUGGGACACCACUCAAAGGAUUUGAUAGACGCCGCCGAAGAGCUGAAGGCCACGCAGCAUCGCUCAAAAGCGCAACCCAAGGUGGACAGUCGCUUGACAGUCUUGCGUUCGGCAGUGGCCAUUGAGCAUCCAUCACUGUCCAAAUUGAAAACCGAACAGGUCUUCAAGGAGUUCAACCGCGCCCCUGGCUACUUGCUUAAGGAACGGGCGGACUUCGCCAAGUAUGCCGAACAGCUGGGCCAAGAUGCUGAGGUGGAAGGCGUGGAUUUAGUCUGCCCCAUCAAUGGCAUCAAUGUACCCAGCCUGCGGGUGCAGACAAUGGGCGAUGAGGCGAGCGUCUACUUCGUCGAGCUACUCACCGCACAACAAACGUUGAAGUUUAGCAAGAAGCCCACAUCAUUAAUGCGCCUCAAGCAGCGUCUCCUGGAAUCCUUAGGCCAGAAAGUUGUUAUGCUGCACUCUGGAAAUAUGGCGACCAGUGCCAAGGAGCUCCAUACGCUGCUGCAACCAAAGGUGCAGAGCAUCGAAGCUGCUGAGGUCGUCAGCAACUGAAUCGUGUGAUAUUGAGGCUGUUCUUUAUACUAUGUAGGCUUCGUAGGCUAGUUACAGACUGUAGCUUUAUUUAACAGUGUUUUUAUGUACGUGUAAAUAUUAUUUAAAUAUUAAUAGCACUAAACAACAA